AUGACAUCCCCCGCAAUCCCAUCUACAGACGCAGCUUCAACGAGCUCAACAGCAAACCCUACCGAUAUAUACCAGAGGUUAUCCUCUUACUCUUUCACAGCAGAUCCAGAGUUCAAACUCGGGCUAGCAGUUAUCCUUGGCCAACCUAGAACUCCCGCAACGGACGAACAGAUCAACCGAACAGACGACCUUGUUGUCAAAGCUAAAUGUUUCUACUUCUCCAAAAAGUUUGCAAUUCAACCGCCAAUUGAUUACAUUUUAUAUAAACAAUGGCUCCAGGAGCAGCCUUUACCAUCACAGCCGGAUGAGAUUAUACCCCCAUCUUUAAAUAAUGAUAAUGAAACAGUGGUGUCAGAAUCAAUAUCCGCAUCUGCAACGCAAAACCCGGUCAAAUCACAAGAGGAACAACCCGCGUAUCCGUCAUCUUUUGCACGUAUUGUGGAGCUUAUCACAACAGGCCAGCCGAUACCUGGAAUUCAACAGAUACCUGAUACCGUAUUAACAGGUCAGGAAACCGCUAGUACAGCCCAACGAAGGCGGAAGCCUUGGGAGAAAGACGAAGGAGAUCAGAAGAGUGAUGAGAAAGAAAAUGUGAAGAGUGAUGGUAUCGGCGAGAAUGGAGACGGAAGUGGCCCAGUGAUUAUCGGAUCUGUUAAUACCUGA